GUCCAUCAUGCAUCAUGCAGGCCCGGUUGAAGGAGCGGACCCACAUUUUUCAGCUGUGUUUUUUUACAAAUGUUUUUUUUGCAAUUAUCAGUUCAGGUUUUAUUUUAGGUCAAGCGCUUUGAGAAGUCUUAAUAGUUUGUUUUUCAUUGUAGGUUACUUCUAAACAAGCAAGCGUUCAGGCCACCUCGGGUAUAUUCACUGUUGUGCAAAUUACGCACAUCAGCAGCUACAACUGGACUAUAGAUAGCAUUUGUGAAAUUAAGCACUGAGGGGAAAUGUUGCUCGAGGUUUCCCCAUUCUUCCACUUUAUCGAUGAAACGCGUAUGACAGCGGGUGAAGACGUCGCGUUGUCGGCGCCGUCGUUGCGAGACUUGUCGGCCGGCGUCCUGUGCCAGAAGACUCAACUCCAGGAUGUUGUGCUGAAAAUGCAUUUGCCUUUGCCUGUUAGCCAUUCAUUGUUCAACAAGAAAAAGGAAGAAUGGCAACGAUCAAAAGAGCCUGUUGCGGCAGAGGCAUUGCGAGCAUGGUGCGACUCAUCUAGACUACCAUUGUCGCACCUUGAUCUGACUGGAGCAGAUUUGACGGAUUCUCUACUAGCUGAUCUACUAGAAGCUCACCAAAGUGGCAUAACGCAGUUAGACCUGACUAAUGUGAAGGGCAUUUCCGAUGAAACAAACGCGCUUUUGGACCAACGAAAUGUAGCAUUUCCCAACCUGCGAUCUCUCAAAAUGACAUCUAUGGAACUACUGAGCCGUCCUCCUCCACGCAGGAAGGUCGGUGUUGCAAGCAUGGACACUCGUAACGUACCCGUCUUGGGUGAGGAAGACUUGGAAGGGGAGGGAAUGCUAGGAUUGCGUGAAAACAGAGGAGGACCAUCAUUGCCAUCACAUUCGAAUCAACAGCAGCCAGUUUUUGAAGGAUGCUCGACUAGUGGACCUAAUGGAAUGUCGACUGACGCUGAGGAAAAAGCUUUGGAGGAGGAAGAGGAGCGAGAGCCGCCAGUAUUUACAUCGCGAUGUCCGGGAGUAACUACGCUUGCCCUACCCAAGGUGAAGAAAUUCCCGGAAGACGAGGAGACAUCUCCAAAUGAUCUGCUACGCCGUGUGUUUGACCCAUUGAAGGAUUUGACAACGCUUGAUCUCUCGUAUUGGAAUAGAUUGGAAGAUCUCAGAUGCAUUCAUCCGCUUCACCUGACUACGCUUAUACUGUUCGACGUGCCUGACUUGUAUCGGGCCAUUGAUAGCAUCAUAACCAUGUCGGAAUUGAGGUUUCUUGACUUGUCUCAAUCAUCGCGGGAUACAGGACUUUACCCAAGACCAGUUACUGCAUUGCACAAAAUAGUUACCAACCUGAAAGAGCUGACCUGUCUGGAUAUCUCAUCGACCAAUCUAGCCGCACAACCGACUCCCAAGGAUUGGCCCGUUAAGCCUGAUAUGCACCAAGGCAAUGUACGUUCGGACAUAGUUGGAUUGCGAUUCCUCAGCAAGCCACUGGACUUCAUUGGACUAUUCAAUUGCGAGAACGCUAGCCAUUUCGGUGAAAUUCCUGCAAAGCACAUAUCUGGCGAUGCUAAUGAGGAUCAGGUAAUUAUGGCUCUCCAAAUGUACAAAGAUCGAGCUGGUCUCCUGCAAUCUGUUCUGAACGAAAGUUAUCAACUUUAUCGAUUUGGAAAUAGCAAUCCGUUGGUUCGUCACACUGAAGCGCUCCAUCUGGUCUUGAAUGCCAUGCAGAAUCAUCUUGAAGACAGUACUCUCCAAAUCGCGGGCUCUGCUAGUUUGUUCUACAUUAUCAGAAAGGUUGCUAUGAAUCGUGACACCAAGAAAAGGGUUGUUAGCGCGCUUCUCAGCGGAAUGGAGACACACAUGGAGGAACAAGUCAUGGUCAGGAACUGCUGUUUGUCAUUGUGCCAGUUUGAAAUUCCCCAAGAGAUCUUAUUUGAUUAUAGCCGACUGGCUAUCUUGCUGGUGACGGUCUUGCAACAUCAUAAUGCUGAUAAUCUGACCCAACGUAUCGUGGUAUUCCUUCUAAACUCUAUGGCAUGCCAUGUCGAAGGUGAUCAGAAAGUUCAAGUAGGCAGCUUUGGAGCUAUCGAGAUGAUUCUUGAUCAAAUUCGACGAAAGCUCACGACAAAUGUUUGCGAUGACGUCAUGGAGGUUGGAUGGAGUUUCCUCUGGAACAUCACUGACGAAACACCAGUAAACUGUGAACGUUUCUUGAGGGCUGAUGGUCUACAUCUGUUCCAUAUGUGCUUUGACGCAUUCCGAAAUGAAAGGGAGCUCGUUCGCAACAUGAUGGGCUUGAUUGGAAAUAUUGCUGAAGUUGAUGGUCUGCGUUCUCAGCUAAUGAAUGAUGACUACGUCAAAAUUUUCUCAGCUCUUCUGGAUCUUGUGGAGGAUUCCAUAGAAAUCAGCUACAACAGCGCUGGGGUUCUCGCACACAUGGUCAGCGAUGGCGAAGAGGCGUGGAGCUGUUUGACAGUUCGAAGAGAGCAAGUCAUGGCUAGCAUUGUCAAGGCCACUGAGUCGUGGAGACUGGAAACCAAGCGCUUCAUCAACUACCGAUCUUUCCGUCCGAUUCUUCGCCUUUUGCCUUUAUGGCACGCCUACGCUAGUCAGCAUUGGGCCGUAUGGGCAUUGGCUAAUCUGACAACCACAGAUGGAGCCAAGUACUGCGCUUAUGUUACUGACGAAGGAGGAAUCCCACUACUGGAACAGCUCGUAACUGAUCAAAGAACUACCGAACCUGUGCGCUAUUUAGCCAAAAUGGUCCUUGAUAAUAUUGAGAGCUGGCGGACUCACGCUGAAAGGGAACAAGCAAAUGACGAGAUGAUGGAAAGCACGGAGACAAUGGAUACCUCAUAGGAUAUUUCCGUAGGAAAAGUGAAGAUUUUGUAUUCUAUCAUUUCAUAUGCACAGUGGUCAUCAUAGCUGUCAAACAAUCUGUCUCUCCUUCAUUCCAGCCAGUGACCUGUAGUUUUACAAUUCUGGUCGCGAGCUUGCUCAAAACUCGCUUUACACAGCGUACAAUAAGCGUAGCUUAUGAACAAAUUUGCUUUCAAUUCCAUUUCUCCGUUCGCAUCCCGCAAGCAUUAGCGUAAUUUCGUUUUUUAUGACAAUUUUUCUUUUUAUAUGAUGUGAAAUCGGGUCUCUGAACAAUCGAUGAUUCCCUCUCUGUUUUGUGUACCCUUGAGAACCUGAUUUUUCUUAUUUUCACUAUUUUCUUUGCACCAUCUAUAUGGGAAGCUGUGUAGCACUAUCGCCUUCGCUCUGCUUAUUAUUUCGGUCUUCCUUUCCUUUUGGUACAUUGUGGUCUGCUUUUACAGGUCUAACCUUUCUCUGUUUGUUAUGGAUGUUUGGGUGGGAAAUCAUGCCCAUUCUUUCUUAUAGGCGGAAAGACAAGCUUUUGGUUUUUCACACAUCCUUUUCAAUUCCCUUCCUAUUGUGAUUUUCACAACGUACCAAACUUAUUGGUCAACGUUCUCAUGUCUUUCCCUAAAGUUCUAUAUUUCGCCGGUGGGCAAGGCUCAUUUGUGGCAUUCAUCUGGUUGAGCAGUGCAGAUGUGGUUGUCUGAUCAUAGGUAAUUGUCUGCCUCCAGGUUUACAAAACUAGAAUAAAUAUUGAUGAUUAGUAAUUAACUAUGAUCAAACUGAUUGCAUCUGCUGCAAUGAGCGCUGUAAUGCUUGCAAAUAUUUUAUUUGACACUUUCUAAAGACUUCUAUUCUUAUUUGUAUCUGACCACCGUGAUGUUAUUUGGCUAGUCCAGAGCACUUCGAAGCCCAUUUAUCCAUCUCUUGUCUAUUUUUGAUUGAAAUCAUCCGAUUGUCUGGUUUUCGUUCGUUGAUGCCAAUGUGACUUGUUUGUACAUAACUUUCUCCAACCUUUCACAACGGCUUCCACCUGUACAUUGUAUAUCUUUCUUUGUUUGCACUACUAGUAUUGCUGGUGUGUUUCCCAUAUAGUUCGGAUCUACCUGGGUGGUUUGUUGAGUGAGUUUAAGUGUGUACGUAUAAAUCCGAUAAUCACAUUCUAUAUCAACUCUCCAUUUAUUGCUUUGAAUGGCAUCCAGGAAUAAAUAAAUGUUCAACUAGAGGAAA